CUCACUUUCUCUCUCUCUCUCUACGCACAGUGCUUUCUGUCGCCUUCAAUCGCGACUUUUUGUCACACACUUGCCUCUUUUCUCCGAUUUUUCUAUAAAUUUAGGGUUUUGUUUGCUUUCGCUGACAUGAAUCAGCAACACCCAGAAGAAGUUUCUUUGGGUGGAGGAAACAUUGAAGCUCCAGCUACAGUGGAGGAGGAAAAAGAACAAGUACAGCAUAAGCAGGAAGAGACUGAGUCUACGGAUCCAAUUGUCGUCGUCGCGGAGGAGAAAUCAGCAGACGGAGAGAAAGAAGACGAUAAUACUAGUACUAGUAACAUGGAGAUUGAUCCUGUGAGUCCGGCUACAGUUUUCUGUGUUAAGCUUAAGCAACCCAAUUCCAAUUUGCUUCAUAAGAUGAGUGUUCCUGAAUUGUGCCGUAACUUCAGUGCUGUUGCGUGGUGUGGCAAAUUGAAUGCUAUUGCUUGUGCUUCCGAGACCUGUGCCAGGAUUCCAAGCUCCAAGGCAAAUACGCCUUUUUGGAUCCCAAUACAUAUCUUGAUACCUGAGCGCCCAACUGAGUGUGCGGUGUUUAAUGUUGUGGCAGACUCUCCUCGUGAUUCUGUCCAAUUUAUCGAAUGGUCUCCCACUUCUUGUCCUCGUGCGUUACUCAUUGCUAAUUUUCAUGGACGGAUAACUAUCUGGACGCAGCCUACUCAGGGUUCGGCUAAUCUAGUGCACGAUGCUACCUCAUGGCAGUGUGAGCAUGAAUGGCGUCAGGACAUUGCUGUUGUUACAAAGUGGCUGGCGGGGGCUUCUCCAUAUAGGUGGUUGUCCUCCAAGCCAAGUUCUGGUACGAAUGCAAAGUCAACUUUCGAGGAGAAAUUUCUCUCGCAGAGCUCUGAAAGCUCAGCUCGGUGGCCCAACUUUCUCUGUGUGUGCUCUGUUUUCUCAUCCGGCUCUGUUCAACUUCAUUGGUCUCAGUGGCCUUCUAACCAGGGAGGUACUGCACCAAAGUGGUUUAGUACAAAGAAAGGUCUUUUAGGUGCAGGGCCCAGUGGAAUUAUGGCUGCUGAUGCUAUUAUAACGGACAGUGGUGCCAUGCAUGUAGCAGGAGUUCCUAUUGUAAACCCUUCAACAAUUGUAGUAUGGGAGGUGACCCCUGGCCCUGGAAAUGGACUCCAGGCGACUCCAAAAAUCUCUACAGGCAGUCGUGUGCCACCAUCCCUUAGUUCUUCUUCUUGGACAGGCUUUGCUCCUUUAGCUGCUUACUUGUUCAGCUGGCAAGAGUACUUGAUAUCCGAGAUAAAGCAAGGGAAGAAGCCCACAGAUCAAGAUUCCAGUGAUGCUAUAUCGCUAAGUUGCUCACCGGUUUCCAAUUUUUCUGCUUAUGUAAGUCCAGAGGCUGCAGCUCUGUCUGCAGCAACCACAACAUGGGGAUCCGGUGUUACUGCUGUUGCUUUUGAUCCAACUCGUGGUGGUUCAGUGAUAGCAGUUGUUAUAGUUGAAGGGCAGUACAUGUCUCCAUAUGAUCCAGAUGAAGGUCCUUCAAUCACAGGCUGGAGAGUACAGCGCUGGGAAUCAAGUGUUCAACCUGUUGUACUGCAUCAGAUAUUUGGAAACCCAACUUCAAAUUUUGGUGGACAGGUCCCCACGCAAACUGUUUGGGUAUCCAGAGUGGAUAUGAGCAUACCACCUACUAAAGAUUUUAAAAAUCAUCAAGUAGCUGCAGCAGGACCAAGUGUGGAUGCACCAAAGGAGCCUGAUUCUGGUGAUGAGAAGGCUAACAAGGUUGUUUUUGAUCCUUUUGAUUUGCCAAGUGAUAUUCGUACACUUGCACGGAUUGUCUAUUCUGCUCAUGGUGGUGAAAUUGCGAUUGCUUUUCUUCGUGGUGGAGUUCAUAUCUUUUCUGGUCCAACAUUUUCACCCGUUGAAAACUAUCAAAUAAAUGUUGGAUCUGCAAUUGCUGCACCCGCAUUUUCUCCAACAAGCUGUUGUUCGGCUUCUGUAUGGCAUGAUGCUGCUAAGGACUGCGCAAUGUUGAAAAUUAUCCGUGUUCUUCCUCCUGCUCUUCCACGUAACCAAUCAAAGGUUGAUCAAUCAACAUGGGAGCGGGCGAUUGCUGAGAGAUUCUGGUGGAGUCUUUUGGUCGGAGUUGAUUGGUGGGAUGCAGUUGGCUGCACACAGAGUGCCGCAGAGGAUGGGAUAGUUUCAUUGAACAGUGUGAUUGCUGUCAUGGACGCUGAUUUUCAUUCCCUUCCUUCAACACAGCACAGACAACAAUAUGGCCCUAACCUAGAUAGGAUCAAAUGCCGGUUGCUUGAAGGAACCAAUGCUCAAGAGGUUCGUGCCAUGGUUUUAGAUAUGCAAGCAAGGUUGUUGUUGGACAUGCUUGGAAAGGGAAUUGAAUCAGCUCUUGUGAAUCCUUCGGCGUUGGUAUUUGAGCCAUGGCGAGUAGAUGGGGAGACAAUAACAGGCAUCAAUCCGGAUGCAAUGGCUGUUGAUCCUGCUCUUGUUUCCAGUAUUCAGGCUUAUGUGGAUGCUGUUCUUGAUCUUGCUUCUCAUUUCAUCACACGUUUAAGGCGCUAUGCGAGUUUUUGUCGGACUCUUGCGAGCCAUGCUGCUUCUGCUGGAACUGGCAGUAAUCGCAAUAUUACCAGUCCCACACAAAAUGCAUCAUCUCCUGCAACACCUCAGGGGGUGCAAGUGGGGGAUAUCCCAACUCUUUUAUAUAUAGUUUUUCCUGACAAGUCACUGUAUCAUGCAGCAGGCCAACCUACUACUACUACUACUACAAACUCCAGUGGAAGCACACAAGUGCAAGCUUGGAUGCAGGGUGCCAUAGCGAAAAUUAGUAGCUCGAAUGAUGGAGUACCCAACUCUACUGCAAACCCAAUCAGUGGUUCACCGACCUUCAUGCCAAUAAGCAUCAAUACAGGAACAUUUCCAGGGACACCUGCUGUUCGGCUCAUUGGGGACUGUCAUUUCCUUCAUCGGUUAUGUCAGCUGUUACUCUUCUGUUUUCUCCAGCGGUCUUCACGAUUUCCCCAGCGAAAUGCUGAUGUUAGUUCACAAAAACUUCAAACGGGGGCUACCAGCAAAUUGGAAGAGGUCAACUCUGCUAAACCAAUCCCUGCCUUGAACAGGAUAGAGGAAGCCCAGGGAUUCCGGGGUGCCCAGUUGGGUGCUGGAGUGAAAGGAAUUGACGAAAAUUCUGCUCGUACAACAAAGAUGGGUUCUGGGAAUGCCGGUCAAGGAUAUACUUAUGAGGAGGUGAGAGUUCUUUUCCAUAUACUAAUGGAUCUCUGCAAGCGAACAUCUGGUCUUGCGCAUCCCUUACCUGGCUCUCAGGUAGGUAGUGGAAACAUUCAAGUUCGACUGCAUUAUAUUGAUGGAAAUUACACUGUGUUGCCCGAGGUGGUAGAAGCAGCUCUUGGACCACAUAUGCAGAACAUGCCUCGCCCAAGAGGAGCUGAUGCUGCUGGUCUUCUACUUCGGGAGUUAGAGCUUCAUCCGCCUUCCGAAGAAUGGCAUAGAAGAAAUUUGUUUGGUGGUCCUGGGUCAGAGCCUGAGGAUAUGGUCCUGACAGACGAUGCUUCCAAGCUGAGUAACUCCUUAGAUCUGCCUGAUACAAGCUUUUCUGGAAUAUGUGAUGGAUACAACAGAGUCCAUAGUCUUUGGCCAAGAAAACGCAGGAUGUCUGAAAGAGAUGCAGCUUUUGGUUCAAAUACUUCUGUGGGUUUGGGUGCAUAUCUUGGAAUCAUGGGUUCUCGUAGGGAUGUUGUCACUGCGACAUGGAAAACUGGUCUUGACGGAGUUUGGUACAAGUGCAUAAGAUGCCUAAGGCAGACAUCUGCAUUUGCUUCACCGGGUGCCUCUAAGCAGCCAAAUCCGAAUGAACGAGAAACCUGGUGGACCAGCCGUUGGGUCUAUUGCUGCCCCAUGUGUGGUGGAACGUGGGUCCGUGUUGUAUAGACGAACAAAUGAACUUCCCAUCUACUAUAUUGGUUUUGAUCGAAUAACCAGAAAAUCAGUAAUUUUGAGGAGCAAAGAGUGCAAACCAAACCAAUUGGCUUAGACAUCACAAAAUUCACUGUUGAUGCAGUUGACACACUUCUGCAAGUUUAUUCUGUUACUCCUAAUCCUUAUUCUCGGACCUGUAUGAUCUAACCACUGUCCAAUAUGUAAGUCUUGAAUGGAACCGGAAGCGAGAGGGUCUCUGCAAAGAUUCAAGACAGUGUGUGGUGAAACAGGUCUUGGUGUAUAGUGAUUUAUUAGACUUGGUUGUAGCCGUUAUAUGGUCUAUAGAGUUUGCAUUUUGUGGACUGUGAAACUCUUGAGGCUGCAACAUCAUUUUUUAUGUAUUAAAGUUUUAACUUAAGU